AUGGCGGGGAGGAACAAUGAGACGCUGGUCUGCGUGCCAACGGUGGCGAAGACCGUGGAGCAGAUGCUGGACGACGUGGGCCGCGCCAAGGCCUCUGGAGCCGACGUCGUCGAGAUCAGGCUGGACCACCUCGCCGCCUUUAGCCCACGCCGGGAUCUGGAGCUCCUCCUCAGGGCUCGGCCUCUGCCGUUCAUAAUCACUUACAGGUGCGCCUUAGCCUCCGCCUCCCCACUGACCAAUCUCGAUCCGUUUUUCCAAAAUCCCGUGAACUAUCUCGCCUGUUCGGGGGCAGAUUCAUGCGGGCUCCGAAUAAUUACUUCAUUUAGUGCUGAAAUGAGUUGAAAUUCAUUGCUUUCGAACUUUUCUCUACUCUCCAUCUGCACGGUGAGGUGUAUCGUCUACGAGCCGCCGUAAUGUGCUGACUCUAAUCGUCUAUCUGGUGGCUCUGUCAUCCACGGGGAGCCAAAUUUCUUCGAAAACAUGAUAAAUCUGGGGGUUUUCCAGAUUAUCUCAGCUGUGGUGCCUUCUUACCUACCAUCAACUACGAGGAAAUGCUCGUUAUUAAAUAAUUUAAGCGUGUCUCAUGACAUAUCGGCAAGUUGAGUUUCCAUAUAGAGGUUUUUAAGCCCAAGGUCGAACUCUUAUCCGUUUUUUCAAUGGUCACGGCCAGCUUGCCAAGACUCCUGAUGACAUCAAACGGCUAUUUGGAGAAUGAAAGACCGGAAUUGAAAGCUUUAGUCUUCCAAGUUGUUUAACAUAAUUGACGCUGCGAAAGUCUAGGCCAUCCGAUUUUCUUCAUCGCCGAAAUGUAGCAUCAAGUGGAACUUGUUUAAAAAAUAUAUUUUUUGGCUGGUAUCACAAAUAAACCCUUUGUAAGACCUUUGAUUUCAUUUCGGGUGUUAUUGCCAGUGCCAUUGUUCACAUGAAGAUUUAAUGUCAAUCCUGUAAACCUCUUGUCGGCAUCAUAGAUAUUUAAGGCGCUUGAAGACUUAUUUCCGCAAAUCCAUUAGGGUGGGACCAUCUUCUUUUCUGUAUUCUCUCUCUCAAAGUGAGUAAUCAGAGAAUAAUAUGCAUUUCCUGGACAUUUUGUCAUUUUCUCUCUCGAAUAUUCAUGAUAUACACCUUUCUUUCCAUUAUCAUCGCUAUGCAAUCCAAUUACCUUCCUGUUACCUGAGAGUAUGGCUGCAGUCAUCUGAGCCCUUCAUGUCAUUACGCGUACAUUUACUAGGCCAAAAUGGGAAGGGGGCGAAUAUGAAGGUGACGAUGAUGAGAGACUGGAUGUGCUUCGUUUGGCCAUGGAAAUGGGAGCUGAUUACGUUGAUGUGGAGCUCAAGGUUCUCUCUGUUCCACCGUCAUGGAUUAUUUUCUCAAUCUGUUAUUAUGGCUAUGUUAAUUUGUGGGACUGAGGCCUCUAAUAUUUUCAUGGAUCUGUAGUGGCAUUACAGUUUCGACGGCUAUCAUGUAUAACGAGUGUUCUAUCCACAUUGGUGAUUUUUAGAUAAUCUGAAAAUUUAUAAUGUUUUUUUCUGAGCUAUUUAUGGUCAUUUUCCAGAAGCAUAUUAUUUCUCUGGUUAGAGUAAGCACAUGAAGUCAGAUGGUGAGCAUUCCACCCGUGAUCAGAUUCAGACUGAAUAGUUAGCUUUCCAAUAAAAGACAAGACAUUUUGAGAGAAAAAGCAAAGGUAUAGAGGAUCCUAAUCUAAUAUUAGAGGAUUAUGCUUGCAUCUUUUAAGCAGAGGUAGUCGCAUCAGUGUCAUUCCUUAGCAUCCACUUUCGGACCCAAAUUGAACGGUUGUCAGUUGAUUCGAAAAACUUCAAGUUAUGAAUCCAAAGAUAGGUAAUAGUAUAUCAUUUAGUUGGGCUGCACAGAGAAAAGCUGGGUGCCUGAUGUGAACAUAGAUCACAGAAAGAGCAUGAAAUGUUGUGGCUUAUAAACCUCUCUGGAAUGAUAAUCUUCUUAAUUUGUCUCAAUCAUUGUAGAAUUGAAAUUUAUAUAUAUAUAUUUUUUGCUUUCUUCUGAAGAAUAAAAUUUGUCUACAUUGUAGGUUGCUCCAGAAUUCGUUGACUCUAUAUCAGAAAAAAAGCCGGAUAAUUUCAAGCUUAUCGUGUCGUCACAUAAUUAUGAAAGUACUCCUUCCAUGGAAGUUCUUGGCAACCUUGUUGCAAGGAUACAAGCUGCUGGGGCUGACAUAGUGAAGAUUGCCACUUUCGCUGCUGACAUUUCAGAUGUGGCGCGGAUGUUCCAAACCAUUGUUCAUCACCAAGUAAGUUUUAAGUGAGCACACGUGCCUUUGUGAAAUUAACAUCCUUCAUUGUGUCCUUGAGUAUUUUUAAGUGAUUAGUUCUUGAGACACGUCUAAUUUUGAAAGAAUUGUAACGCACCUUAUGAGGAGAAACUGGAAAAGGACUAAACCACCAAUCAACAGGUUUCAUGUUUCAAGAGCUUUCUGCAUGUUUUUCGUUUAGAGCACCUUCACUCUCCAGUCAAAGAUAACUAAACUAAUCAUAUUGAAAAGAUUAUUCUUCAUUUCUCACGAUAUGCAUUUUUAAUUAUUUUAUUCAUUUUUACAUAAUAUAUUUAUGAAAAUUUCUGCUGCUGACUAAACAAAUUGAAGCGUCAGGUUCCAAUAAUAGGCUUGGUCAUGGGGGAGAGGGGUGUCAUCUCCCGAAUACUUUGCCCAAAGUUUGGUGGUUACCUUACUUUUGCCAUACUUGAUGGAGGCAAAGAAUCAGCUCCAGGCCAGCCGACAAUCACGGAUUUGUUGAAUGUAUACAACAUCAGAAACGUAGGAUGUGACACAAAAAUUUAUGGCAUUAUUGGGAAGCCAGUUGGUCACAGUAAAUCGCCUCUUUUGCACAAUGGAGCAUUUAGAUCUGCAGGAAUAAAUGCUGUUUAUGUGCCUCUUUUGGUGGAUGAUCUUACCGACUUCCUCAAUGUCUACUCAGCUCCUGAUUUUGCUGGAUUCAGGUUCAUCAAAUUUUACCAAACAUAAUUUUUUUGUUCUUCAUUUUGCUAUAGGCUUUUCAUUUGUUUGACUAUUUGGACUGCUUUGAUCUCGAGCCUUUUUUUAAUGCUGAGAUUUACCAGGCUUUCAUUUGCACUUGGUGAUCAGUAAAUCAGGUAAAAUGAAAUGAGUGAUCCAUAAGAUAAUUCUCACGAUUGUGAAAAAUAUUUCCUUAAAUAGUGAAACAAUUUUUGCCUUUUCUUUUUGAUAUGAUCAUUUAAGUCGUCACAUUUAUCACAUUUUGUAGUUCAGCGCUUUUUUUUCAUUCAUUUUAUUUUUUAAUUUAUUUUUCUAUCUCUCGACAGCAAUGGACCUUUGCCCAUGCAUUAGUGAUAUUUUGGUGUACUGUAUGCAUAGUCACAUACGCAAUAUCUAUCCAUAAGUAGGUUAUUUUCCAUGCAUAUUUUCGAGUUUGGUACAAGAACCGAACCACCCUCGUUAUUCUUUGCUUCAUUUGUUAAAAACCCUCUGAAAACUAGUGAUGCUAAAAUUUGUAUGAAAUUCAUCCUUAAAUGAGAUUUAAUAUUAUCAAUUACACUCGGAGUUGAUGGUUUGCUUGCUUCGAAUGCGUUUUAUAUAUACUAUGAAGUUAGGUUUAGUUUUGGGGAACUCAGAGCAAGAGUUGUGAAUUCCUUAUGACAGAGUAAGAGCUGUGUAAUGUACAGGGUACUUGUCACGAAUCGGGUCUGAAAAUAAAGAAACAUAAUAUAAGAUACCAAGUAUGAUUCCUGGGAAAAGUUAUUCGUGGUAUGUUAUACUCGAUUGUGUUUAGCAGUGAGGACAUUGGUCACUCUGUCGGAGCCCUGUGACUUUUGGAAGAAAUUCGAAUGGCUUAUUCUACAUCAUUCUACAUUUCUAACGUGUCGUUGCUCAGAAUAUUCUCUUUUCAGUGCCACCACGCCAAAACUGUGGUAUAGUUGAAUAUUUAACCAAGUCUUUAGCCUUCUUCUCGGCAAUGUUAUUUUAUACUUUUCUGGCAAACAAUAUGAGUGGUCACAACGGAGUCUCCUGUUAAAAUUUCUGUCGAGUAUAACAGUUGCUUAAGCUGUAAGACAGUCUUCUUCACUGUGUAUUCUCUCCAUUGAAGAAGGCAGUUUUCUGGCAUAGAUUAGCCAUUUCAAUUAAACUGUCGAAUAUUCUGCCCUCCUGAAACAAAUAUGCAAUUCCUUAAAAGAAGGCCAUAGUAAAGUAUAGUAGGUUCACUCUUCAGAAUCACAGCAUAGUAGGUUCACAUAUUAUGUCUCCUCUUAAAGUUCUAUAGGAUUUGAUGUCUGCUAAAGCUGAAAACUAUUCGUUUUCACACUUGCUUCCCAUCAUAUAACUCAGUUGUAUUCUAGUAUAGUUCAGACCUUGGUUUCUAACCAUUAGAUAUUUGCCCUCUUCUGAAACAGCUGUACAAUUCCUCACAAGGAGGCGGCAGUAAAAUGCUGUGACGAAGUCGACCCCAUUGCCAAGGUAGCUGGUCCUAUCUCUCUCAUUACUUUUAGAUAAUCUGAAUGGGAUACUCGUGAGAUCGUAUUUCAUGAGCAUCUUGAUUUAAUGAUAGAGUUAAUGACCUAUGAAUUAUAUUCUUGGCAGUCGAUAGGAGCUGUAAAUACGAUUAUUCGGAGACCAAGUGAUGGGAAGUUACUUGGUUACAACACUGACUAUAUUGGUGCUAUUUCAGCGAUAGAGGAUGCCAUUAGAGGUUAUUUCCAUAAUUUGUUUUAUUUUUGGUAUCGAUUUAGUACUCGGCACUGUAUUUGAUUUUUCAGAUCGCCUGACUUUGAAUUUUUUUCUCAAAGCUUCACUUGAAAACAGUUCGAAUGCUUCGCCACUCAGCGGUAGACUAUUUGUUGUCAUUGGUGCUGGUGGUGCUGGUAAGGCACUUGCUUAUGGUGCCAAGGAAAAAGGUGCAAGAGUUGUAAUUGGUAAUCGUACACUUGGUAAGCUAAACCUCCUUCACUUUUCCCACGUAUUUUUAUUAUUCUGUAAAAUCGGAUUUUUUUUUUUGAUACCAGUAAUCUUGUAGCCAUUGACUAUCUCAUGUACUAGUUGGACUAUGGAUCAUGUCCCCAAUGAAGUGGGAUGUUAUACACUGAAAACAAAAUGAUAUGAUGUGGUGUAGAUGCAAAGGGAGUUGUAGUUGUUUAACAGAUCAUGGCCAAGUGAGUUUUGUGAAUGUACGAUUAAUAGCUACGAGUCAUUUGCAUUGUCAGUGAAAUGGAUUAUGAGUGAUCAUGAGAUGGAUUCAUCAGUAGAUCCAGUCAUAUUACGUGGACCUGAGUGAUCUCCCUGACGGAAGAAUUUAGACAGAGUCUCUGUUUCUUGGCAAAUAAUUAGUGGCGACUGCUUGACUGAAGAGAAUCUUAUGGGUUCAAAUGCUGCACGCUUGAAAAUAAACCAAAUGAUAGAAACCUAUGUCACUUAUAUCAUCAUAGCCAGGAGUUUCCCAACUGCGUCCUUCCCAUGCUUAGUCUACUUUUUCAUCAUUAUUUUUAAUAAUAUUUUCUCAAAAAAUUACGAGUGGUGCUUAUGUGGGACGCUUGAAAAAGACUAUUUUGGAAUUCUUUUUGUUGUAUUCUUCAACGGCAAAGAAGAUUCCGCAUUACUGACUACAUUGAUAUUAAAUGUUCUCCAUAUCUGAAUGUUUAGUGUCAUCACGGUGUUCUUUGGGGAUAAUCACUGUCAGGAGUUGGAUUUUAAUAAAAAAUGGUCAGUCUGCAUGGGAACUAAUUAAUUUCUUUAACAAAAGAAUUACUUUGAGUUGGACUUUUUUUUUUUUUUGAUAGGUGUAGCGAGAAGCCUGAAAGGAUUAAAAAAAAUGAUAUAAGAUCAUUGAUGAAGACUUAUCUUGUCACAUAAAGGAUCUCCUCAUUGUAUCUUCCAUGUAAAUCAUAGACAUUUUCUUCAUGUUUAUUGAAGAAUCCUUAAAUUGCUUACUUGCCAAGUAAUGCUGGAUGAAAGUUGCUCCUUGCAGAUCAGAACAUUCAGGGGCCUCAGACAGCUAAAGAUCGGCCAUUAAGAAAAUAGAUUCACUCUUAAUCCAUCUAAUCAGUCUUAGGUAGCCAAUUGCUUUGGAGCAUAGUAUUCUAAAGCUGUCAUGUCUUUUUCCCUUUCUGCUCUUCAACUAUGCCAAAAAUGGUUCAUGCUCAACAAUCAUAACUCUCCAUAUUAGACUGCCAUAAAGCUAUAAUUCUGGUUGAGGAUGUUUCCAUUUUUACCAUAGUUAAAAUAACAAGUGUGCUUAUAUUUUUGAUAAAUUAAUUUUUGUGAUUCCAAGAUCGAGCUAGAGAACUUGCUGCCUUAGUGGGAGGAGAUGCUCUGUCCCUUGCCGAGCUGGAAAACUACCACCCAGAAGAGGGGGCGAUUAUUGCAAAUACUACAUCGAUCGGGAUGCAUCCAGCUAUUGAUGACACCCCUUUAUCGAAGGUUUACCCUAUUCUCCCUAAGUUUCACUCCUUCAGUGUGACGAGUGGGAUUUUAGUAACGUUAUACUGCGCCAGAUGCCAUUCCUAUGCGUUCCUAAAGUCUCUUGGGUUUGAAUCUCGCAGAAAGCCCUGAAAAAUUACUCUGUGGUGUUUGAUGCGGUCUACACACCAAGGGUAACGAGAUUCCUGAGGGAAGCAAAAGAGUCCGGAGCAACUGUUGUCAGCGGCCUUGAGAUGUUCAUCAGGCAAGCAAUUGGACAGUACAAGUUCUUCACGGGCCUGCCUGGUAAGAUCAACGACCCAGCCCAGAUUUCUAACUCGGCGUUCAUGAUCUUUCAUGAUCUUUAAUCGCCAGCUUUUUCCUUUUCUAUGGCCUUGUGUUCUUGUGCAGCCCCUGAGGAAGUGAUCCGGGAGACUGUUGAAAGAAUUGCAUAA